AUGGCCUUGUUGAUCAAAAAUGGAACAGUUGUUAAUGAAGAUUGUAUGGUAAAAGCUGAUGUUCUAGUGAAAGAUGGAGUUAUUAUCGAUGUGUCACCCGAGAUCUCUGCAACUGAGGAUGUUGAGAGAGUCAUCGAUGCUACUGGAAAGUUUGUUAUGCCAGGAGGAAUUGAUCCUCACACACAUAUGCAGCUUCCAUUUAUGGGAGAGGUUGCUGUAGAUGAUUUUUAUACGGGCACCGCAGCUGCUGUUGCAGGAGGAACUACAAUGAUAAUUGAUUUCGUCAUUCCUUCAAAAGGAGAAUCUUUGUUGGCAGCGUAUAAGCAAUGGAGAGACUGGGCUGAUGAGAAGGUCGUCUGCGAUUAUGCUUUAUCAAUGGCUAUAACCUCAUGGAGCCCUGAAAUAGCUAGAGAAAUGGAGAUUGUAACAGGACCAGAAUAUGGCAUGCGCUAUUGUAUAUUCAAGACUAAUCAUGUCUUUCUAGGAAUCAAUUCCUUCAAGUUCUUCUUGGCUUAUUCUGGUGUGUUCAUGGUUCGUGACGAUGAAUUUUACCAAGGAAUGCUGCAAUGUGCAAAAAUUGGAGGCCUUGCACGAGUACAUGCUGAAAAUGGUUCAGUAAUCGCUGAAAAGGCAAAAGAUUUACUGCAAAAGGGAAUAACUGGACCAGAAGGACAUACUUUGAGCCGUCCUGAAGAACUAGAAGCAGAAGCUACAAACCGAGCGUGCGUAUUAGCUUCUCAAGCUAACUGUCCAUUAUAUGUAGUCCAUGUGAUGAGCAAAGGAGCAGCAAAAGCUAUCGCUCAUCAUCGUCAGAAUGGAGCUGUUAUAUUUGGAGAGCCAAUUGCUGCAGGCCUCGCAACCGAUGGCUCACAUUAUUAUAACAGGGAUUGGCUUCAUGCUGCUCGUUACGUCAUGUCACCUCCCUUAAGUCGAGAUCCAUCAACACCAAACGCCUUGAUGGAUUUGUUGGCUGCUGGUGAGCUCCAUUUGACAGCUACCGACAAUUGUACUUUCAAUUGUCAACAAAAAUUAGCAGGAAAAGAUGACUUCACAAAGAUUCCCAACGGUGUGAAUGGUGUGGAAGAUCGCAUGGCUGUAGUGUGGGAUCGUGGUGUUUAUUCAGGAAAAAUUGAUCCAAUGCGUUUUGUUCAAAUUACUAGUUCCACAGCCGCUAAAAUCUUUAAUAUGUAUCCCAAGAAAGGUAGAAUUAGUGCUGGAUCAGAUGCAGAUAUUGUUGUGUGGAAUCCUGAUAGAGUGAAAACUAUUUCAAAACAUACUCAUCAUCAAGCUGUUGAUUACAACAUUUUUGAAGGAAUGGAUGUCCAUGGAGUUGCCGAUAUCACAAUUUCAAGAGGAAAGAUUGUAUGGGAAAAUGACAAGUUGUCUGUAGUUCGAGGCGCAGGUCGUUAUGUACCUGUAUCACCUUUUUCGCCAUACGUAUUCGCAAGAAUUCCACAAAGAGCAAAGAUGCUUGCUCCACGUGGAGUCGAUCGUUCUUCUACUUCUGAGAAUAAUGGCAGUGCACAAAAUGGGAUUAAAUCUAAUACGGUAAUGACAAAACCUGCAACUAAUGGAAAAUCAAGAGUUCCUCCUGGUGGAAAUAGUUCCAUAUUUUUCUAG